UGUCCGUCUCAUUUCGCUCAGCAGCUGCGGCGCGGCGACUUUGGGGCCGAGAUGCUGUGACGUUAAUGUCAAAUCAACAGAAAUGACACGGAAUUCAGUACUUUUGCUAUUUAAUAACGUGCGUUCUGGUACUUCAGCUCUGUUUGCACCCACCCCAAACCAGCAUACACACCAUCUGAUUAUAAUCCUUAUUGUUGCUAUUGAUCCUUACAGGCGAGCAUCUGGGCUGAAAUCGUAUUGUUUUUGACUUGCAUAGCUCGCUGGCUGGAGCAGAAAAAAUAGGCUAUUUUUUUGGAAGGGGGGGAUCAUUCACCUGAUCACCGAGCUUGCAGUUCAACCCGAGUCAAGGCGAAGAGAAGAGAAUGCUAAAGGAUGAGUCAGAGGGACACACUGGUUCAUCUGUUUGCUGGAGGCUGCGGGGGCACAGUUGGCGCCAUCUUGACGUGUCCACUGGAGGUCGUAAAGACGAGGCUGCAGUCUUCCUCUGUGACGCUCUACAUCUCUGAGGUACAACUGAGCUCCAUGAACGGGGCCAGCGUCGCCCGUAUGUCUCCUCCCGGACCCCUGCACUGCCUUAAGUUGAUUUUAGAAAGAGAAGGUCCUCGUUCUCUCUUUCGUGGCCUCGGUCCUAACCUGGUGGGAGUGGCUCCGUCCAGAGCGAUCUAUUUUGCGGCCUACUCAACGGCCAAAGAGAAGCUAAAUGGCGUACUUGAGCCCGACUCAACGCAGGUGCACAUGGUCUCUGCCGGUCUCGCAGGGUUCACAGCGAUCACAGCCACCAAUCCUAUCUGGCUCAUAAAGACUCGCCUACAGUUGGAUGCCAGGAACCGUGGAGAGCGGCGCAUGAGUGCAUUUGAGUGCAUGAGGCGCGUGUAUAAAGCCGACGGGCUUCGCGGCUUUUACCGCGGCAUGUCGGCCUCCUAUGCGGGCAUCUCUGAGACUGUCAUUCACUUUGUCAUCUAUGAGAGCAUCAAACGUAAGCUCCUCGAGUCAAAGGCAAGUGCCAACAUGGAUGACGAAGACGAAUCGGUGAAGGACGCCUCCGACUUCGUCGGCAUGAUGCUGGCCGCUGCCACCUCCAAAACCUGCGCCACGUCCAUUGCGUAUCCGCACGAGGUGAUCCGUACCCGGUUGCGAGAGGAGGGCAGCAAGUACCGCUCAUUCUUCCAGACUCUGAGCAUGGUGGUCAGAGAGGAAGGAUACAGAGCGCUGUAUCGAGGCCUCACCACCCACCUCGUCCGCCAGAUCCCCAACACGGCCAUCAUGAUGUGCACCUACGAGCUGGUCGUCUACCUGCUCAACGGCUAAAACCGGGGAGGAAGAGAAGGGGAGGAGGAGGUCAAGAGAAAGAUGAGAGCGAUGGAGAACGAGAGAAAUUUGUCCCUUUAUGAGACCAAAGGUAGCAGAACGAGACAGAGAGAGUUAAGACAAGGAGCUUUAUGGGCCAGGCCUCUAGGAGGUGCUGUUGGCACAUGGCAGGAAUUAGUGCUGGUUUUGAAGCAACAAAAAAAAUGAAAGCUUGCCUCAAACCAAGCCAAAAGAGAGAUGAGAGAAGGAAGGAAAGGAAGGAACGUUGGCCUGUUUCUCUUCUGAAUCUGUAAUGUGAAGCAGUCUUUAGAGGACUGUCAGGAGGGCAAUGCUUGAAAAAACAAAAUAAGUCAAUUGAAUUCAUUCACAAUGAGAGUUUAUUUGGUUGUUUUUUUUGUUUUUUUGGUCAUUUCUUUCUGAAAUUCUGAAUGCUUCUUUAGGAAGCUUUGAUUAUUUAUCAUUCAUUUUAUUUCUUAAAUCAGUGUUUACUUCCUGGCAGCCUGUGACAAAACCAAUUGCAGGUUUUUUGCCAGCGAUAUUGGUCAAACAAACAAACAAACAAACCAAAAAAAUCAUCAUUUUCAAACAUUUCCCUCUAGAGGUCAGGGUUUCCACACUGAUGACGGCUCCCCACGCACACGUGACCACUUGGCGUUUCAUUAACGUGCCGACGCCAAGCGAUCAGAUCUGUGAUCCUUUCGCGUACUUCAAACUGAAGUGUUGUCUGUUCUGUUUGGAUUUUUUUAAACAUCCUUUUUGUCUGAGUGUUUAUAUUGACCUGUCGUGUAAAAAAAACAAAACAAAAAAAAAAAAAAACCCGCAUGACGGGCCAUAGAGGAGACACUGACCGGGACUGGAAAAAGGCGCUACUUGAAUUAAAAAAAAAAAAAAAACCUUUCAGUGUUUUAAUCUAGGAACACACAACAGCAAGGAAUUAUCUAUUGUCCCAUUUGCUGGCUCUUUCCUGUGGUACCAACAAAUCACCAGAAAAAUUCGUUCCGCUUCCGCACCCAGACAGUGGCUUUUCUGACCGUAUAUACAUAUAUAUGCACUUUGUAGCGUUUCCAAGCUACACAAUCCUUAUGUUUUCUGUGUUGGACAGUUUACUAUAGUACUAUAAGACAUAGUAUUUACUGUAUAAGCAAGACAGUGUUUUGCACCACAGUUCCUUUUUGGAGGCUGUUGUACAGAUCAGUCUAGUAAACUUCUAGUGAAGGACAUCCCUGUGUUUCGUGUAUAUAGUAUGUAUAAAAAGUAUGUAUGCACAUUUAGAUAUUCAGUGUUCCUAUGAUUAUGCAGUAACAUGAAUGAAUGAAUGAAUGUUUUGGGUUCGUUAAGGCUGCAUCAAUAUCGAUAAUUGAUUCCGAUACGAUUCUUAUUUCCUCCUAAAAAAAAAAAAAAGGUCAAAUCCCGAUAUAUAUAUAUGUAUCUGAUCACGUCGCGACACUAAUGACCAAAAUGAUGCAUUUCCGAAUAAAUUAUUUCCGUCAAAGCUAAGCAGCAAAUAUCGAGAGGAGUGAACACUUCCUUUCUGCUCGCUUGUUCCUUGCAAAAAAAAAAAAGAAACUUGAAGAAAACUUUUUUUUUAUUAUUAUUUAAAAAUAAAUGCAAUCGAUGCAUCGCUAAUUGUUACAUAAUAACAAUAUUAAAUAUUGUUACAAAUAUUCAUUUCCCCUCCCUUUUUUUUUUUUCUCAUCGAGUCUCGUUCUCAAGUCGCAUCUGUAAAACAAUUCGACGUUUUGCUUCCGUUUCAUCGACGGCUCGGUGUUUUAAUCUUAAAAAACACUUUAUUUCAAACCACAAUUUCAUUAUUUAAAGCAGUUUUCUUAUCAUGGAAAACUUCUGAAUAAUCACCAGUCUUGUAGAUGGUUCUAGAUUAAAAAAACAAUAAUAAUAAUUUAAUAAAAAUUUAAAUAAAAAAAAAAAGUAUUAAUAAAUCCCGUGACUUGAUAAAACAACACAUUUCCCAGCAUCCUUUGCUGCUAAACAGGCUUUGGUGUAUUAUAUCAUAGGAUUUUAUUUAAUCCUGAUUGGCACAGAAACGUAGUGCAUGUUUUAAUUGACAUUUUUAAUAAAACAAAAUUUAAAUCUAACAAUUUAAAAGUACACCAUGAUUAAUGAGAAUUAAUACUUAAUUAAUAGCCAUGUACUGUAAUAUAAAGUAACUAAUCAUUAAAUAAAGUGUCAUAGAAAUGAUCCGUUUUGAAUGCAAAUUGUUGGCCUUCCGAACAAACUUGAAAUCGUAGACACACACACAAAAAUAUUUGAACAGAUUCAGAAGAUUUACAUUUUGCAGCAUAAUUCAGAUGUUACUUCAUGUAGUUUUGUUUGUUUGUUUGUUUGUUUGUUUGUUCUUUUUCACACUGGGUCAACACUAACAAAUGAAUUGGUCACAUAUCAGCUUUUGAUGUUUUAGUGGGUUUUUGUGUGUGUGUGAGAAAAAAAUGUGACCUUUUGCUGGUUAUGUAAUAUCAUACCUCCUUUUUUUGUACAAAAACAAGUAAAUAAAAAGCACAUAAAUGAA